CGCUUGCCUAGAGCUACUAGGCUGCUAGAGAGAGGGAGAGAAGGAGUGGAAGCGGGAAAAAUGGCAGUUCCCAUUUUCAGGGCGUCAGUUCCCAAGUCUCACCCACUCAUUCACUCCCUUUUUUCUACUUCAUUUACUGAUGAAACUUCAAAGAAGAGAAGGAUGUUAGUCUCUUGUGCUCCAUCAGCAACCAAGCCAGUUCGGGAAGAGCUGUCUUUCUGUGUUGGAACCCAUCUUAUUCCACACCCCAGCAAGGUUGAAAAAGGAGGAGAAGAUGCUUUCUUUGUGAGCACCUACAAUGGGGGAGUUAUUGCUGUUGCUGAUGGUGUCUCUGGUUGGGCUGAACAGAAUGUGGAUCCUUCAUUGUUUCCUAAAGAAUUGAUGGCCUAUGCUUCAUCUUUUGUGGAAGAUGUGGAGGUGAACGAUAAUCCUCAGGUUCUGAUAGGAAAAGCACAUGCUGCUACCUCCUCUAUAGGUUCUGCUACCAUGAUUGUUGCCAUGCUCGAGAGGAAUGGAAUUCUGAAGAUUGCCAAUGUCGGGGAUUGUGGGCUUAGGGUUAUUCGUGAAGGUAAAGUAUAUUUUUCUACAUCACCACAGGAACAUUAUUUUGAUUGUCCCUUCCAACUUAGCUCACAAGCUUUCGGCCAAACUUACCGUGAUGCAGUGGUUAGCAGUGUUGAGUUGAUAGAAGGAGACACCAUAGUAAUGGGUUCGGAUGGACUUUUUGAUAAUGUUUUCGACCAUGAAAUUGUUUCGACACUGAUAGGAUACAGAGAUGUUGCAGAGGCUGCAAAGGCAUUAGCUAAUUUGGCAAGCAAUCAUUCGCUGGAUUCGAAGUUUGAUUCUCCCUUCAUCAUUGAGGCCAGAGCCAGAGGUUUUGAAGCUCCUUUUUGGAAGAAAAUACUUGGAAUGAAGCUUACAGGUGGAAAGCCAGAUGAUAUCACUGUGGUAGUUGGUCAGGUUGUGAGCUUAUGAAGCAUUCUGGUCAUCUCCAAGGGAUUCAAAUUUAGGGUAGCUGCACCAUACGGUUUCACUGCAGCUGUUUUUAACAGUCUUGCAACUUUGAUAAUAUUACAGCUACCGGAUAUUUUUGGUAAUGGAAUUACCACCUUGAAAAAUGGUGGAUAACUUAAUGCAUAAAGCAAAAGCAAAGCAUUGCUAAAUACUUCAAAAUA